AUCCCCAUCCCUCUUCUUUUUUUUUUUUUGGUUUGUUUUUUGGUCCUAUAUGUCCUCCUUCCUUCCUAACUCUCCGUUUUUGUAUCCCUCUAUCCUUUUAUUUUUUCUUCUUAGCUUUGUACUUUGUGAGAAACCUCAAUCUCAGUUUCUUACAGAAACAGAGUGAACAAUAAUGAUUUUGUAGACAUAGACAACCCAAAAAAAAAAAAAAAAAAAAAAAAAAACGAAAAAUUUAGUGAAAACCCAGAAAGUUUUUACAUUUUUUUUUUUUUGGUUGGGAAAUAUAUAUAUAUAUUUAUAUAUUUGGUAUUUAUUGAUUUACUGCAGGUAAUAGCAUUUUGAGUUUAAUUUGUGAGAAAUGUCGGAAACUGGGAAAUCUAUACAAGAAAUGGGUUUUGAUUCUCUGACCGACCGAUUUCGAAACACGUUGAGUUGUAGCAACAACAGCAACAACAACAACAACAAGCCAGAUUUCAAAGAACUCGAUCUGGGCUCACCGGUUUCGCCAUUAAUAACUCGGCCGUCUGGUAAUGGCGGCGGUGCCGGUGGCGGUGGAGCAGGAGGUGGAGCGGCAGUGUCUUCGAGUAGCAGUUCGAGCUCGACUGGUUCGGUUACGGGCAAAACCAGCAACGCCCAAUUGGGAAGAAGAUCGGAUGGUAAAGCUAACAGCCACUCCGGUGAGCUUUCCGGUUCCUCCGAAACGAGCCCAACCGCCUCCGAGAGCCACCGAUCCACCGCUACCAAGGGUAAUUCGAAACCGGGUCAUCGGAGAUUGGGCUCCGCUGGAACCCCAUUGAUCUACUCUGGGGGAAGCUUCAGCACCAGUAGCAGCCCUAAUAAUGGCGGAGGUGGAGGUAGUAGUGGGAAUACUGCAACUUCAUUUUCGUCAAACUCAACCGCCAAUUUGUUCCCUAGCGGCAAUAUUUGUCCCUCCGGGAAGAUAUUGAAGGCUAGUAUACCUUGCAAAACGGCGAGCAAGACCGUCGUAUUGGGUUCAGGUACUGGGAACUACGGCCAUGGUAGCAUUAUGCGAGGAGGUGCGAAAUUGGGUAGUCCAGGGGAGGUCAAUGUGAGUGGGAAUAUACAGUCUGGGGGUGAGGCUUUGUUGGUCAAGCGGGCUAUGGCGAAUUCCGAUCCCGAAGAGGUCAAGAAAGCCGGCAACGAGCUCUAUAAAAGAGGGCAUUUUGUGGAGGCAUUGUCGUUGUAUGAUCGAGCUAUAUCGAUAAUGCCGGACAACGCCGCCUACCGGAGUAACCGGGCAGCCGUGUUGACGGCGCUUGGGAGGCUGGGCGAGGCAGUGAGGGAGUGUGAGGAGGCUGUGAGGUUGGAUCCUGGUUAUGGGAGGGCACACCAGAGAUUGGCUUCUCUCUACCUCCGUUUUGGGCAGGUUGAAAAUGCCCGCCGACAUCUCUAUUUUCCUGGGCAGCAGCCAGAUCAGUCCGAGUUACAGAAGUUGAGGUCACUGGAGAAGCAUCUGAAACAAUGUGCAGAUGCCCGAAAGCUUGGUGAUUGGAAGAGUGUGGUAAGGGAAUCUGAUGCAGCCUUGGCUACUGGGGUGGACUCGUCUCCUCAGAUUGUUUCUUGUAAAGCGGAAGCCCUGUUGAAGCUCCAUCAACUAGAAGAAUCAGAGUUCAGCUUGUCCAACAUGCCCAAGUUGGAAGAUUGUCCUCCUUCCUGCUUGCAGACUGUGUUUUUCGGCAUGCUUGUUGAAGCUUAUGUGCUAUGUGUUCGAGCCCAAAUUGAGAUGGCAUUGGGAAGGUUUGAGAAUGCAGUAGCAGCAAUAGAGAGGGCUAGCUUGAUUGAUUACAGUAAUGUUGAAAUUACAAGGGUGUUGAGUAAUGUGAAAAUGGUUGCAAGAGCUCGUUCUCGGGGUAAUGAUCUUUUUAGCUGUGGAAGAUAUUCAGAAGCGUGCUCAGCUUAUGGGGAGGGGCUUAAGUAUGAUGGUUCCAAUUCUGUUCUCUAUUGCAAUAGAGCAGUUUGCUGGUCUAAGCUUGGACUAUGGGAACAGUCUGUUGAGGAUUGCAACCAAGCCCUAAAGAUUCAACCAAAUUACAUUAAGGCCCUUCUUCGGAGGGCUGUCUCAAAUGCAAAGCUCGAACGGUGGGCAGAGGCUGUGAGAGAUUAUGAGGUCUUGAGGAGGGAACUUCCUGGAGACAACGAGGUUGCUGAAUCUCUACAACGCGCCCAAGUUGCAUUGAAGAAGUCUUAUGGCGAGGAUGUGCAUCAUAGUAUGAAGUUUGGUGGUGAAGUAGAGGAAAUAUCUAGCCUAGAUAAGUUCAAAGCUGCAGCAUGUUCACUUGGUGUUUCGGUUUUUCAUUUCAAAGUUGCAUCCAAUGAACAAUGUGAAGAAAUAUCCCCAUUCAUAAAUAUGCUGUGUGUUCGAUAUCCAUCUAUCAAAUUUUUCAAAGUGGAUGUGGAGGAGAGUUUAGCCAUAGCAAAGGCUGAGAGCAUAAGGAUGGUGCCGACGUUUAAGAUUUACAGGAACGGUGUAAAGGUGAAGGAGCUGAUCCGCCCAAACCAUCAGUUUUUGGAGGAGUCAGUCAGGAAUUGUAGUCUGUAGAAGAACAUGUUCAUUUGUGCCGCAUCUAAAAUAUUUGGCCCUUAAUCAUUUAUACUAGGAUUACCAGCUUUACCUGCGAUAUAAUCAGGUACAUAAUUGUUUCAUAGAGUUAUGAACGCACAGAAAAGAAAACCCUUAGAGAGAAAUAGCUUCUUAGUCUCACAUUUGCGGAAUUGUAUUCUUUCCAUUUUAUUUUCUCUGUGGAUGAUUCUUUCACCCAUUGGAUUCCAUUUAUUGUCC